CAAUCAGCAUUCACCAAUUUUGUCGAAACUUUUUCAAAAUCAAAACGCAUUUCGAAAUGUUAUCUGAAAUUUUAUUUACUUGCUGGUUUUAGCAAGUACAUCUUUGUACUAAACGAUAUUUAACUUUACAGUUUGCAUUAUCAUCAUUCGUUAACGUUUCGGAUCUACUGACGUAUCAAAGCAGGCAUGUUUUCGAGAAUAAAGCAAAAGAUAGCCCUUACUUUUUUAGCGCCAAAAAGCGAUCAAAUUUCGCAAACUUCAAAUCCCAAUGCCAACAAAUUCUCUCGCAGAUCAAAAAGCGUCGAGAGUCUUCAUCACUACACAGACGAAAAUCUAAGUUCAUCUUCAAAGGAUUUUUGCGAAAAGCAAAACGGAAUUAUAGACGAGAGUAAAAAUGGCCCGAAAAGCUACAGAACUCGAAACAAAGCAGAAAAAGCGGCUCAUAAUCAGCAGUUGACGGGGAACAAAAUCACUUCAACUGAUGGGGAAAAUCAGAGGAAAAGCGCGGAUAAAGAAAAAUUGAGGGAACAAACGCGAGAUUUGAAAAAAGAUGUUACGAAACUUUCAGAAGAAGUGAACAAUUUCAGAAAGGAGAGAAGAGAAAGGCGGAUUAGAGAGAUCCAAGAGGAUGAGGAGAAACAUAUCAACGCUAGGAAUAUAUCACCGUGCGUGAAUGAAUUGCAAAGUUCAGCAACCGAAUCGAAUAGCAACUACAGCAGUUAUUCAACAAAUCAAGGAAAAGUCAAUAAAUUAGCGCAGCUAAGACAACAAAAACUGGAUAAUCUCCGUGCAUUAAGAGAAGGCGUUAUCUACGAAGAACACUCGAGAGUUUCACAAAAUCUUGAAAAAUCUGGUUCUCAAACCGAAAUGGUUAACUCGUCAGGUGAUUUUAUGACAGAAAAUUUAGCAGAUUUGGAGAAAAAAUUCCUGUCGAAGAAAUUGAAGCAGUAUAUCUUUUGCUAUAAUGAAUGUGCAAACAGACAUUGGAGUUGGAGCAAGUUGCCGCUUGAUCAAAAGUCAGAAGCUUCAGAACCCUUUUGGGACGAAAGUUGGCAGCCUACUCAACCCCAAAUAGCCCAAAUAAUAGUUCACUCUGUUCGACAACACUCGUGCUACAACGAAAAUGUCAACAAUAACAUUAAUGACAGCAGUCCCAUGAAGCCGAAACGGAAACUUCACUCAAUUAGCAGACUCUUUAAUUUCUAUGAGAACACACUAGACGACACGGCAGAAGAUGUUUCGGCUGCAGAUCAAAUCGACGCCGUGAACGUUUCUGUUAACAUUGAUAUUGUCGCAUCAUCAAAAAAUGACGAUGUUAUGUCAUCGAACAAUGGUGUUGUUACAUCACCAAAAAUUGAAACCAUUACCUCAUCAAAAACAGAUGUAGCAUCAUCUAAAGCGGAUGUUAUGACAUCUGAAAACGAAGCAUUAAUCGAGCCGAAAGAUAACUCGCACCAUGCGAUGGAAAGAAUUCAGGGUUUACCAUGGGAGGAGAAUGUUAUGGACGGAAGUUAUGAUCACAGAAGAAACAUAUGCAUGUUUCAGGUGGAGUUCCUGGUGACAAGUACUGACACGUACCCCUCCAGCGAUGAGCAGCUGAUGAAGAAGAGGGAGGAGAGGAGGCGACUGGCCAGAGUAACCAGAAGGAAGUCCACUAUCAUAGGGGAGAAGGAAAUGAGCGACCAUAUUAGACUAUCCCACGAUACGGAUGAAGUUGACAGCCCGAUAGUGGAACCCGAGAGCCUCACGGCUGGCAACGUGGCCAGACUGAAGGCCGAGUUCAAGAAGAACAGCGAACAGAUAGCCAACUCACUCGUGGCCGACUCCAAAAACGCAUCUCCGAAGAGAGGGGCGGGGGAGGGAGUUAAGAAAGUGGAACACCACGAGAAGGUGUCCCUAGUUUUCAAAGGAAAUGGGAAGUUCGGCACCAUCCUCAAAGCAGGUCAAACAGGUGCAGCCAAUGAGGACACUCUCUCGUUCCAGGGGGGCCCAGUGGACAUAGUGGCCAUGAGGGAAUUCUACGUAGAAGUGUCUCUCCUUUACCUCUUCUCAGAAGAAACUCUGAAUGAGACUGAGAUUGAAGUCAAAUCGGAAGGCCAGAAAGAGGUGGAGGAGUUAGGCAUGAGUGCAUUCAGUAGUAAUAAAGUGAGUCAACUGGUGGCCAGAUAUGCGGAGCAAAAGGGGGACACUCCGGACUGGAUGAGACAUACAAAGGCAGACAGCACUACUUCCGGGGCUAAAAGGACACAUUCGGAAGACGAUAUAGUGGAUCUGCAGCAGAAGAUGCAGUUGAACAAUAAAAGGAGACAGGAGGAGGAGAGAGUGAAGUGUGUGUGGACUUCCAGAAUGAGACACUUCAGAGACUCGAUCAAGGAACUGUUGGCUGCGAAGUUUCUCCCUGAUGCAAUUGUUGCAGUUUGCCCUGAAGAUACAGACUGCAAAACUCUGGAAAAGUAUCUCAAAAUUGAAAUUAAAUCCUGUGCCAAUAUCGUCAACGGGCUACCUAGUAAUUGGCCCAAUCUAGAGAGAGUUUUCAUAGUCCCGUUUUCCAGGAAAAAGGUGACUGAGUUUCAAGUUGGAAUGAAUAAUUUAGUGUUUAAUGUUUAGUUUUCGAAACUACUUUUGUUAUUCGUUUUAAAAUUACAGUUUAGGAUUUUAAUCUGAGUAUUUUAAUAAUUGAUUUAUGUUUUUUAUAUCUGAAAAACCAAGUUGAAUAAAAAUCUGAACCCCCAUUUAAU